GCUCACGUCUCUCAGCGCGCAUGUUUGUUUUUUAAAUGGCAUCAACAUUUGCGAAAUGUUUUAUUUUUGUAUUAGCUGCGCUUGCACAGACCUCAUGCAUAAACACUCAAGUGCUUAGCCCUGGUUCCUGCCCAAAUCCUACCGCCGUUUCCGAUUUCAAAAUCGACGAGUAUUUAGGUAAAUGGUACAGCAACCGAAAUUAUUUUUCAGUUCUGCAAACGGGCCAAGAUUGUGUAACGGUUGAAUACACAAAGGUCGGAGGCCGCAUUAUCGUCAAAAACGGAGGUUUAGAAUUGAUCACUAGAAAGAAAUUAACGACAAUAGCGAAAGCAAGCGUUGUGUCAUCCGGGAAACUCAACGUAUCAUUCAUUACGACUAACGUUUUUAACUUGGGCGCUGAAAACUACUGGGUUCUGGGAACAGAUUACGAUUCUUACGCCGUUGGAUGGAGUUGUUUACCAUUUGGAAUUUUCCAUUUCAAAACGGCCUGGAUACUGACCCGUGACCAAAACCCUAGCGAUGCGACAAUAGACGCAGCGUUAGCCGUAUUCGAAAAGAACGGCAUCGACCAGAAAAAAUUGAAAUUGAUUAAUCAAGAAAAUUGCGUGGAAGCCGACAAGCCAGUUGAAUAAUCCCUUCAAAAAUAUGAACCAUUCAACAACAAGGCGAUUCGCUCAGUAGGUCAACAAGAAAUAGCAAAUCAUCACGCACCCUCA